CUGGGUUAAACCACAACAGAAGCACUGUGGCCACCCUCGCAAUGAAACCAUAGGCCCGCCACGGCAGGGAGGAGGGGAGGGGAAAGGCGGAUGCUCACCGUCCCAGGGCCUGGUGGCCUACAUUUUGAGAACCAUCAGACAGACGCCUGCUAUCUAGCUACGGACCAGCCCACACCACACUUCGUUAUAACUGCCAGCAGGAUAGGGGGAGACGGCAGUAGAAGAGGAAGGUGAGGGUGCUUGUGUAAUAGUGAGUGGCCGUGGACUGGGUGGAGGAUUGCUUGCGCUCCUGUCGCAGUUUGGAAUUCACAGUGCGCCUGCGCGUUGACGGAGAGGAGGGCGGUGUCCGGCCUUGUGUUUUGAACGGCUCAAUGCGGCGAACUCACAAUUUGGCAGGAAGGUGAGGAGGCCUCCAUUCUGGUGGUAGAGCUCGUGUAGAGAGAGGGGUAUCCAAAUGUGGCAGAGGCAAGCAGGAGGCAGCAACGCUGACGGCGGAGGAGGACAAUCGAGACGAGGAGAGCAGCUGUUCCCGGUACUGCCACAGAGAAGCUGAGUGGCCUGGUGAGGCAGGAGGGCUGCUGAGGCUGCAAUUCCGGCAGUCCUGGUCUGCUUGCCUGGCAGUCCCGAGCUCCUAUUCCCCCGGCAGAGUAAUAUAAUUGGAAGUGCUUCUUCUAAUUUGAGGAAGAACAAAUUGCUGGUUGGAUGGUGGAUUAAUAAGUAGUUGCCAUAUUACGAGAGUAAGAAGAUAUUUGGGGAUUUGGGAAGAACUGGAUUUUCACCCUAGUUCAGCAGCUUUGCUGCUCACUUAAACACAGAUGAAUGAAGACCCCAUUUGGAAAAUCACCAGGUCAGCGGUCCAGAGCUGAUGCAGAUUACCUUCUUAAAGCAUACAGCUCUUGCCAGAGUAGAUUUUUGAGUAUGUACUUGUUUAAUACUAUGUUUGUAUCUGUGUACAGAAAGCAUAGAAACAAUGUGGGACCAAGCAAACCUAUUUCUCAGCCACGAAGAAACAUUGUAGGCUGCAGAAUACAGCAUGGCUGGAAAGAAGGGAGUGGACCUGUAACACAAUGGAAGGGCACAGUUCUUGAUCAAGUUCCUGUAAAUCCCUCUCUCUAUCUUAUAAAGUAUGAUGGAUUUGAUUGUGUGUAUGGACUAGAACUUCACAAAGAUGAAAGAGUUUCAGCACUUGAAGUCCUUCCAGACAGAGUUGCUUCAUCUCGAAUUAGUGAUGCCCACCUGGCAGACACAAUGAUUGGCAAAGCUGUGGAACAUAUGUUUGAGACAGAGGAUGGCUCAAAAGAUGAAUGGAGGGGGAUGGUCUUGGCUCGAGCUCCUAUUAUGAACACAUGGUUUUAUAUUACCUAUGAGAAAGAUCCUGUCUUGUACAUGUACCAGCUCUUAGAUGAUUAUAAAGAAGGUGACCUUCGCAUUAUGCCUGAUUCCAAUGAUUCACCUCCUGCAGAACGGGAACCAGGUGAAGUUGUGGACAGCCUGGUAGGCAAACAAGUGGAAUAUGCCAAAGAAGAUGGAUCAAAAAGGACUGGCAUGGUCAUUCAUCAAGUUGAAGCUAAACCAUCUGUCUAUUUCAUCAAGUUUGAUGAUGAUUUCCAUAUUUAUGUCUAUGAUUUGGUGAAGACAUCCUAGACAUCAACAUGAACUUUUGCCAAAUUUGUGGAACUAUUAAAUGUAAAAUUUGUAGACACAAAGACUUGACUGCUUUUCAGUUAAAUGAAAGCUUAAAUGUCCCUGUGAAGCCACAGUCUCUGUCAUCAAAACUAUUGUGUUCUGAAUGAUACAAACAUUUAUGUGAACAUGGUACGUUUUGCAUAAGAGAACUCCUUUUCUUGAAGGAAGUCAAUAUAUUUGGGUGGGAGGGAGUUAAAAGCAAAGAACAGCUGCAAAAUCAAGCUGUAUAAAGUCAAUCUAGUGUUGUAAUCUAUUUUUUUUCCAUAGAUUUUAACUUUCUUCAACGUUGCACUUACCUGUUCAACUGCCACAUGGAAGUGUAGUUUGCUAUUUUCGAUAUACCUUCUUUUGUAACAUUAAAUUUAAUUUCUUGGCUACUGGCAGUCCUUUGUUUUCCGGGUUGAUACAGAAGUGACUUUCCUAAAACGUUUGAAUGGUUUGUGCAGCGGUAAGGAGUGCCUAACACAAGUAACAUCAAUCUACUGUGUUUCUACACUUUAUUUCACAUUAAGCUUUUUAAGAAUUUGCGGUACAUGGAAAUACUUGUGCAUUUUUAGUAGUCACAGGGCAGUUGAAUAUCAGUUGUUUGACUUAAGCACCUUUCAGUGUAAACGCUUUAAAGUAUAAAAAUAUAUUUAAUCUGUAUAACCAGUUAAUUAGAAAAUGCAGGUUAAUGGCCCAAUUUUUACAAGUUGUAGGAACCAGUAAAAUAGACACAAAAAAAAGCUGCCUUCAAUCCUAAAUGUUGUACUUUGUUUUGUUAUACACAUUUCUUAACAAAACCCAAGUGUUUGGUGCCACAAGUUUAACAGUAUAUAUACUACUUAGAAGACUUUAGACUAUGCAUUGGCAAUCAGUAGUCUCUCAUUUAAUAUCAGAACCUAGCAAACUGGAUAUUUGUGUGUGGAUUUAGAAGCCUAAGAGUAGUUAAUCUUUUACAUGGUAAAUACAAUCUUGGGGGAGGGGGUGGGGCCCUUUUACAUUGAAGACCUCCUUUAGAGAAGGAGAAGCGUUUGUUGCCUUCUGCUCAGUUUGCUGUAUUUCUUUCCUUUGCUUUGCCUUUUUUUUUUUAAAAAAAAAUUGUUCUUAACCAUCUUCCAUCUUGGUUCAAGAAGGCAUGUUCCCAAUUUAUUGUUUUUCUGGCUUUUCCAUGUAAGAAGUGACCAGACAAAUCUACAGCUUAAACCCAUUGUUGCCUUUGGUGGUGUACUUGCUUAGAGGUAUGCUAUUAACAUGAAUUUCAUUCUAUGAACACUAGAAUUCUGCAUGCCAGUGGUGUACUAUCUAAUGGAAGCUAUAGGCAGUCUCAGUGGUUCAGUCAUCUGCAUUAGAUUGUGGAUGUAAAUAGCAGCCCACAACAGACAAAUCCUUUCACAGUUUUAAUCUUGCAAGUUGGUUCUAAAUCAAGGUCAUUUUGUUGUUGUUGUUGAAGUGUAGCAGCUUUUAAAAGCUAUAGAGCUGCAACAAGGAUAAGCACAGCAGCAAAAUUAUCAUGCUUACAUUAAAGCAGAGCUCUACAAGGUUCAAAGUACAGCUUCACAGAAAUACAGUACAUGAGGACAGUCAACACUGUUGAUGGAAAGAAGGAAUACAUAGAUAUCCAACCUUAUGCGGUUAGUGGAAGGAUGCAGGAGAGGUGCUGUUAAUCAGAGAUCUGACCUUUAUUGUGGGUAUCCUUGAUAUCAAGAACUAAGUAGUUUAAGACCCCUUCUGUCCUUUUCUUUGCCUGAUUUCAUAUUUCAGCCUUAAGGCCUAUGCCUCAUUAUGCUGUUUAAUGGUAAUACCAUAUAAAUAUACCUUAAUCCUUUGUCCCUUGCUACUAUAUUGCAUUCUGUCCAGUAUUUCAUCAUGGGCAACCAAAGGCAGACUAUUGUCUUUCAGUUCACAGCUUCUCAAUCUAGUACUUAAGCACUAAGUACCUGAGUCAUAAAUUUUCCUUGUGUUUUGAACAGUGAGCAGAUUUGCAACACAGUGCUUUCAUCCUGCAGAUCUGUUAUGUGCUUUCUAUUGACUCUUACGAGUCCUGCAUGUAAAUCUUAAAGCUGAGCCUGGCUCCAUGAGCCCCAGUUGAUAUUUGUGGCACAAGAAUGAGUGAGUGUAUUGAUUAUACACAAGAUACAUGAAUAACUUAGUACAAUGAAUUUUGGGCUAUACUUCUAAGGAAUACAAGGUUUGUUUUGAAAUAGCUGAGGUUUACUGGAACACUUUUAGCAUUAAGCUUACAUGUUUUAUGCAAGACACUCUAAUACAACACGUAUUUUGCUAAUUAGAAUAUAAUCUCUAAACUGUCAAAUUUAUGGCAGUUUUUAGAUGUCGUUGUCUGUUGCAUGAUUUUUUCUUUUAAUCUUUUUUCUUAAUUUUGUUAUUGUUAGGUUGUGGUUUUUUGUUGUUUUCUUUGUUUAUUUUCUAUAGCUUAAACCACCUUUUUGUGGCUUGAGACUAAUUCCACUCCCUGCCAUCUGCUUUGGGCUUUGUUUUAGGCUCAUGUUUCAGAUCUGCAUGCAGUGCUUUCAUUAACCUGGUAAAUAUAUGUUGCUCCCUUGUUCAAGGGGUGCAACAUUACUUUCCAAAUUUAUCAUAGGGCUUGUGAUGGCACAAGACAUGGAUCUUUGUAUAAAAGUUAUUGGCCUCUCUCAUUUACCUGCUGUAGUAUUGUUAUGUAUUGUGUGUGUGUGUGUGAUGUCAAGCUGCCAAUUAAAACUUGUAAAAAGGAAAAAAAAAAACUUAAAACCAGACCAUCUUUUUUUUUUGCAUGCUUAGAAUGUUAGAACGUUUAAUGUAACAAACUGAAUUUGCAUGUUAUAAUGUUUAGGUUUGGGCUUUGUUCUUUUUUUUUGUGUGUGUGUGAUAAGUUUUUUGUGAAUUUGCUUAUUGUGCUGUUUUAAUGGUUGUUAGUAGGAUUAAAUGCGCUGGUGAGGCGAGCAUGGUGCCAACAGAAGGUAAUUUUCCAGUUGUAUGUGUCAUACAGCAUUUGAAGGGACCAUGUAUUCUGUUCAAGAACAAAUAAAAUCACAAUUGAUUAGUAAAACACUACAUUUUUUCUUUUGAAUACCAAAUCCUAAAAUAAGUUGGACUACAUGAAGACUGAAAUACUUUGGGGAAAAUCCUAUUUAUUGCAAUAGGCAUAAGCCUUCUUUAAAUGAAUUAUUUAAAAAGGGAGGAUUUAUCUUCAGACAGAAUAUAUUACAGAUGAUUCGGGGAAAAAUUAUGGUAAAAGCAGUUUGGGGUUCCUUAAAAAUGCUGUGCUUUUUGUAUUUUACAUCUUUCAUUAGUGCAAUUUGGAUGGUUCUUAGUAUGUGUAUAGUUCAGAGGUCUUUGUAUUCACAUUUUAAAAUUAGGUAAUGACUUCAUCUUUAGAGCUCGGUUUCAUUAUUUUUAUUUUGAACAAUGUAGACAGUUCCCUGUUUUCUGCAUUUAGAAGUAUGAACACUUUAAAUCUGUUACUUAAUUCUGUAAGUAAUUUUUAUAAUUAUGAUGUAACUCUAUCCUUAAAACGUUUAAAAUAAAUCCUUUAUGUGCAAUUCAUGACUGUAAAUUUUGUUCUCAUGAGCAAAAUGUAGUGAUGUGACUUCAGACUGUGAAAAAGCAGUUUCUUCAUU